CCGCAGUUUGUAUAGGCUACUACUCAGCACUUGAUGGACCUCUGAACUGCAUGUUUACUAGAGUGGUUGGGUAUGCUCUGUCUGUAUAGCAACAUGGCAUGUUUGUUCUUAUCACAGCUACAUUGAAAGCCAUUAUACACACCUGGAGAAUGUUUCAACAAAGCCCAUUAAGCCCCUCCCAGAGAGAAGAGAAACACACCAAAUGAGGGAG